AUGUUGGGAACAUCCCCUGGUCCAUAUAAUUCAUAUGAUGCAAUACUGGUGGUUAUAGACUCAUUCUCCAAAUUUGGCCACUUCAUCCCAACCACAAAAAAGGUGUUGGCUAAAGGUCUAGCUAACCUCUUUGUCACCCAUAUUUGGAAACUCCACGGACUGCCCGUUAGAACCAUAUUGGACCGAGGAACAACAUUUACUGGGAAGUUCCUCAGAGCCCUUUACCAAAGGCUGGGAAUCCAACCAUCCUUCUCCUUGGCCUAUCACCCCAAAUCAGACGGACAGACCAAGUGCAUCAACCAGUUCAUUGAGUUCUAUCUAAGAUCUUACGUAGCAGCAGACCACUUGGAUUGGGUCAAAUGGUUGCCACUUGCGGAAUACGCUUACAACAAUGCUAAGCACGCUGCAACCAGAAAGACCCCCUUUGAACUGAUUUAUGGAAGGAAUCCCAUGAUGAACCCGUCAACCGUACCAGCCAAUGUACCAGAAGCGGAUCUGGUAGCCGAUACCCUGGCUCAGGAAUGGCAGGAGGCAGAAUCAGCACUCAGAAUGACUAAGGAACGCAUGGCAAGACCAAAAGGGAUAAUUCCGGAAUACUCCGUGGGCAAGAAAGUAUGGCUUGAUGGAAAAAAUGUAGGACUUAGGACAAACUCUAACAAACUGGACCCCAAGCAACUAGGUCCAUUUGAAGUCACAGAAAAAAUAUCAAGUCACGCCUACCGCCUAAAACUCCCAGACUCCCUGAAAAUCCACAAUGUAUUCUAUGUAGGAUUGCUAAGGGGAAGGGAGUACGAGGUUGAACAAAUCAUUGACUCCAAGCAACAACGGGGAAAAUGGUUCUACCUAAUUAAAUGGAAGGGUUAUGGUCCGGAAGACAACUCCUGGGAACUGGAAGAACUCUUAGAACACAGCCAAGAGGAGAUUCAACGCUUCAACAAGUCACAACUGAAAAAGGCUUGUGACUCUGCCAAGAGCCUUUAA